AUGAGCGCGACGUCAAAAGAAGUGAACCUCGUGGACCUGUCGCUCGAGCAGCUGAGUUCGCUCAAGACGCAGCUCGAGAAGGAGCUGCAGCAGCUCACGGCGUCUUCCAGCGGCCUGCGAGAGGCCCAGUUGCGGUUCGCCGAGUCGAAGACGGCGCUCCAGAGGAUGGCGGCAGUGGUGGACUCGCACAAGGACGUGCUCGUGCCGCUCACGGCCUCUUUGUUCAUUCCUGGCAAACUCGCGAGCACGGACGACGUGCUGGUGGAUGUCGGCACGGGGUACUUUGUCGAGCAGUCGAUGGGCAAAGCCGAGCAGUUCAUGGACCGGAAAGUCGCGUUCUUGCAGCACAACACGGAGCAGCUCAAGACCGUUGUCGACGGGAAGCGCAACAUGCUGGAAGCUGUGCUUUUGAUCCUGCAGCAAAAGGUGCACGCCGCACCGCCUGCCAAGUAG